AUGGGGGAGGUGGAGCCGGGGCCCGCGGGCCCGCUCGAGCCCCCGGAGCCGCCCGAAGCGCCCGCGAGCCGCCUGCCGGGAGGGAUCCGGGUCCUGAAGAGAAAUAUGAAACGCAAUGGGAGCAGGAAUUGUUUGAAUAGGCGAAGUAGGUUUGGUUCUCGAGAAAGAGACUGGCUGAGAGAAGAUGUCAGGAGAGGUUGCGUUUACCUGUAUGGAGCCGACUCAACCUCUGCCGCCACAACAGCUGCCGCCGCCACCUCCUCUGACUUACAUCUUGUCCUGUGCACCGUGGAGACGCCAGCCUCAGAAAUCUGUGCUGGGGAGGGAAGGGAAAGUCUUUAUUUACAGCUUCAUGGGGACCUAGUCAGGAGACUGGAACCUACUGAACGACCUCUUCAGAUUGUUUAUGAUUACUUAUCCAGGCUGGGAUUUGAUGACCCUGUGCGUAUACAGGAAGAGGCAACAGAUCCUGACCUUGGCUGUAUGCUUCGAUUUUAUGGUGAAAAACCAUGCCAGAUGGAUCAUCUGGAUCGAAUCCUUCUGUCUGGCAUCUAUAAUGUACGCAAGGGGAAGACCCAGCUGCAUAAGUGGGCUGAACGCCUAGUUGUUCUCUGUGGCACCUGCCUCAUCGUUUCCUCAGUGAAAGAUUGUCAGACUGGAAAGAUGCACAUUCUGCCUCUGGUUGGGGGAAAGGUGGAAGAAGUGAAGCGACGGCAGCACUCCCUUGCGUUCAGCUCAGCCGGAGCCCAAGCUCAGACCUAUCAUGUCAGCUUUGAGACGUUGGCUGAGUGCCAGAGAUGGCAGCGACAAGCAUCCAAGGUGGUGUCCCAGCGAAUCAGCACUGUUGACCUGUCCUGUUACAGCCUUGAGGAGGUUCCUGAGCAUCUCUUCUACAGUCAAGAUAUCACCUACCUCAAUUUGCGACACAACUUCAUGCAAUUGGAAAGACCUGGGGGCCUUGACACUCUUUACAGAUUUUCUCAGCUGAAGGGCCUGAACUUGUCCCAUAAUAAACUUGGGUUGUUUCCUGUAUUGUUAUGUGAGAUUUCUACCCUGACUGAGCUCAACCUCUCCUGUAACGGAUUUCAUGACCUGCCGAGUCAGGUUGGCAGUCUACUAAAUCUUCAAACCCUCUCUCUUGAUGGCAACUUUCUGACGACUUUACCGGAAGAAUUGGGAAAUCUGCAACAGCUUUCUUCCCUGGGAAUUUCGUUUAAUAACUUUAGUCAAAUUCCUGAGGUUUAUGAGAAACUCACUAUGUUAGAUAAAGUGGUGAUGGCAGGAAAUCGCCUGGAAGUCCUAAACCUUGGGGUGCUGAACAGGAUGAGCCAUAUCAAACACGUGGAUUUAAGGAUGAACCAUUUGAAAACCGUGGUUACUGAAAAUCUGGAGGGAAAUAAGUACAUCACCCACAUGGAUUUGCGGGACAAUCAACUGGCUGACUUAGAUCUUAGCUCCUUAUGUAGCUUGGAGCAGCUUCACUGUGAACGGAACCAGCUGAGAGAGCUGACACUCAGUGGCUUCUCCCUGCGAACUCUCUAUGCCAGUUCCAACAGGCUGACAGCAGUGAAUGUCUAUCCAGUACCCAGUCAACUCACUUCUCUAGAACUUUCCCGAAACCUGCUAGAGUGUGUCCCUGACUGGGCCUGUGAAGCAAAGAAGAUGGAAAUAUUAGAUGUGAGCUAUAAUCUUCUGACAGAGGUUCCCAUGAGAAUCCUUAGUAGCUUGAGUCUCAGAAAGCUGAUGGUGGGGCACAACCAGGUGCAGAGCCUGCCGGUGCUGGUGGAGCACAUCCCUCUCGAGUUGCUGGAUAUUCAGCAUAACCUACUCACCAGGCUGCCAGAUACGCUCUUCUCCAAGGCCUUAAAUCUCAGAUACUUGAAUGCCUCUGCAAACAGUCUAGAAUCUUUGCCGUCUGCUGGCGCAGGCGAGGAGAGUCUGAGUGCUCUGCAGCUGCUCUAUCUGACCAACAACCUCCUGACAGACCAGUGUGUGCCUGUUUUGGUGGGCCACCCGCACCUGCGAAUCUUGCAUCUUGCCAACAACCAGCUACAGACCUUUCCUGCAAGCAAACUAAAUAAAUUGGAGCAACUGGAGGAACUGAACCUAAGUGGCAACAAGCUUAAAACCAUUCCCACGACCAUAGGCAACUGCAAAAGGCUUCACACCCUUGUGGCACACUCCAACAACAUCAGCAUUUUCCCAGAAAUACUGCAGCUGCCUCAGAUCCAGUUUGUAGACCUAAGUUGCAAUGACUUGACAGAAAUCCUGAUUCCGGAGGCUCUGCCUGCUACUUUACAAGACCUUGACCUGACCGGAAAUACAAAUCUGGUUCUGGAACACAAGACGCUGGACACAUUUAGCCACAUCACCACCUUGAAAAUUGAUCAGAAACCUUUGCCAACCACCGAUCCUACAGUUACAUCGACCUUCUGGAGCCAUGGACUGGCCGAGAUGGCAGGGCAGAGAAAUAAGCUGUGUGUCUCUGCCCUAGCUGUGGAUAACUUUGCAGAGGGGGUGGGCGCUGUGUAUGGCAUGUUUGACGGGGACCGAAACGAAGAGCUCCCUCGCCUACUCCAGUGCACGAUGGCAGAUGUGCUUCUGGAAGAAGUACAGCAGUCGACAAAUGACACGGUUUUCAUGGCUAACACCUUCUUGGUAUCUCACAGGAAAUUGGGAAUGGCUGGCCAGAAGCUGGGCUCCUCCGCUCUCCUUUGUUACAUCCGCCCUGACACUGCCGACCCAACAAGUAGUUUUAGCCUGACUGUAGCCAACGUUGGCACAUGCCAAGCGGUCCUGUGCCGCAGUGGGAAACCAGUGCCCCUCUCGAAAGUCUUCAGCCUGGAGCAGGACCCGGAGGAGGCUCAAAGGGUGAAGGCCCAGAAAGCCAUCAUAACAGAGGACAACAAAGUAAAUGGGGUAACCUGCUGUACCCGGAUGCUGGGCUGUACAUACCUCUACCCUUGGAUCCUCCCUAAGCCCCACAUAUCUGCCACUCCACUUACUAUUCAAGAUGAGUUGCUGAUUCUGGGGAACAAAGCAUUGUGGGAACACUUGUCAUAUACAGAAGCUGUCAACGCAGUACGCCAUGUGCAAGACCCAUUAGCAGCUGCCAAGAAGCUGUGCACGUUAGCCCAGAGCUAUGGUUGUCAGGAUAAUGUCGGAGCGAUGGUGGUUUAUUUGAACAUCGGUGAGGAAGGGUGCACGUGUGAAAUGAAUGGGCUCACCCUCCCGGGUCCUGUGGGAUUUGCUUCAACCACCAUCAUCAAGGACCCCCCCAAGCCAACCACUCCUUCCUCCAGUAGUGGCAUUGCCUCAGAGUUUGGCAGCGAGAUGUCCACCUCAGAGGUGAGCAGUGAGGUGGGGUCCACUGCUUCUGAUGAACACAACACUGUCGGGCUGGAUGCUGGCUUGCUUCCAAGGCCAGAGAGGCGCUGCAGCCUCCAUCCAACACCCACCUCUGGGGUGUUUCAGCGCCAGCCUUCUUGUGCGACUUUCUCAAGUAACCAGUCUGACAAUGGCCUGGACAGUGAUGACGACCAGCCUGUUGAAGGUGUCAUAACAAAUGGCAGCAAAGUAGAAGUAGAAGUGGAUAUCCACUGCUGUAGGGGAAGGGAUCUCGAGAACGCUCCCACUCUUACAGAGAAUUCUCCUACCCCAUGUCCUGAGGAACAUGCUAGAGGAUCGUUUUUUGGUAUCCGAAGACAGAACAGUGUGAAUAGUGGCAUACUUCUGCCAGUGAGCAAGGACAGGAUGGAGUUACAGAAGUCCCCCUCCACUUCCUGUCUGUAUGGAAAGAAACUCUCGAACGGCUCUAUCGUGCCCCUGCAAGAUAGCCUGAACCUCAUCGAAGUGGCCACAGAAGCACCCAAGAGGAAAACUGGCUACUUCGCUGCCCCCACUCAGCUGGAGCCAGAGGACCAGUUUGUUGUACCUCGUGACCUGGAAGAAGAAGUGAAAGAGCAAAUGAAGCAACACCAGGAAAGCAGGCCUGAGCCUGAGCCCAACGAAGAGGAUCGGACCGAGCUCCCGGAGGAGUUUGACACGGCUCUGUAACCCUCCCCCAGGAGCCGGAGCGUUAGGGAAGGCUGUGCAGUGUGGGGGUAGGGGUCCUUCCAGAGGCAUUGUGCCUCUGCAUUUCUAAACCAUAGCUGAGGGGGGUAGAACUUGGAGCCAAACAUGGUGAGAGCUAUCAGGGUCUUGCUCCGGAUAAGCUAGUAAACACCAUCAGUGUUAACUUUCACAUUUAACCUGCAUUGGAAUUCCCAGAGUUACUGGGAAGAAAGCAGAUGUUGUUCUGUAUCAGUCCUACCACCUGCCAUUAACCCUUUCUCUCCUAGGAUAAUUUGAGAAUUUGCCUGCCUGGGCAGGAAAGGGACUCUUUCUGUGGAGGAAGUAACUGAAGAUUGAUUCUCUUUACUUAUUGCUGCUGAUGGAUCUCUGUGACAGAGAAAUCACCUUAUAUCUCAGCCUAACUGAUGGGAUGUGAUGUGACUAGUCACAUGGCUUUUCAUUCUUCUCUACGAGAAUAUAGCCUUUCGAAAUGAUGUUUAUUGGAAAUGUAGAACCAAUCAGAUAAUUUAUGUAUGUAAUGUAA